CGCAGCGGCUGGCGGGCGUGACCCGAUCCCCGCUCGCGGCCAAUCAGGCGGGCGGGGAAAGUUGCCCGCUGGAGGCGGGCGGCGGCCGGAGCAUCUGGCAGCGCGAGGGACCCGCUGAGCCCCCGCUCCCGCGCGGCAGUCGCCGGAGAGGCCGGCGCGGCGGGCGGGCGGGCGGAGAUGCUGGCCUGCGCGGAGAGGCUGGCGACGUGCCUGCUGCCGGCCAAGCCCCCCCCCGGCGCCGGGCGGCCCCCGCAGCCCCGCGGCCCGGGGCUCUCCCUCUUCCUCGACGUUUUUCGACGAGCCAACAAGAACGAUGACGGCAAGCUGUCAUUUGAAGAGUUUAAGAACUAUUUUGCGGAUGGGAUUUUAAGCUCAGAGGAGCUGAGGGAGCUGUUCAGUGGAAUUGACAGGCAUCAUUCAGACAACUUAGAGACGGAGAAGUUGUGUGAUUAUUUCUCGGAACACCUGGGAGAAUACAGACAUGUGCUUUCUGCUUUGGAAGCACUGAACACUGCUGUCCUAGCUGCCAUGGAUAAAACCAAACUGGAGUACGAGAGUUCCUCCAAGAUGGAGCAGUUUGUGACCCGCUUCCUGCUACGGGAGACCAGGACGCAGCUGCAGACCCUGCAGGCCUCGCUGGAGUGCGCCUCGGACACGAUUGAAGAGCAGGCCGGUUGGGAGAGGAAAGACUUGAAGAAAUCUGAAGUCUUCAUUGGCCCGAGAUGUGGCAGGAGAUGUGGGCGCAGAGCUCAGAAGACUGUGUGCUUGUCUCCAACAGAUCCCUAUUCCGGGAUGCUUACUACAGGGGUUUGUGUCGAAGCUGACAGCCAGUGGGCAGCUCAGAUUAACAGGCUACAACAGCUUAUUGACAAACUGGAAUGCAAGAGCCCAAGGCUGGAACCUCUAAAAGAAGAAGUUGCUUGCAAAGGGAGAAAUGCUCACAUCCUGGUGGCUCAGAGACAGCUGUCGGUGACAGAGAGCGGCUUAGAGGGAUUCCACCAGGCACUCCAAUCCUACACAGAGGUCACAGCCGGACAGAGCCGCUGCUUACACGUGUCUUCUCGUAAGCUGACGAGCGAGGCCUGCUUCAUUCUCUAUGAGUUCUGGCAGGACGUGACUUCAUGGAGAAGUCACUUGCAGUCCAGCUGCAGCAAGACGUUCCAGUGGGCCAUCACUGACGCGCUGAAGUCUCCAGAGCUUGUGACCACCAUGCUCUUCCCAGCCUCCUGGUGGAUUGUGAACAAUAAUUGAUCCUCUGCUGCCCUCUCCGGAAAGCAGCUGACGCGCGGACGGACAAGGAAUUCUCACUCCCAGACCCCUGGCUCCCCCUCCCCAGUGUGUCUGCAGCCUCCCCCUCGCGUCGCUUGGACAGUGCAGUCUUCUCCCUUCUCCGGCAGGCAUUUCCCGGCUGCACCAGGCGUCCUUCCUGGGAGUAUUUUAUCCCUCUCCCCGCACAAUGUGACUUUCCACAAUGAUGUCACAUGGCUGCCAGCCAAUCAGCCCUUCCAGCUGUGACACUCCGCCCCUGAAUGUACCCUCUUCGAAGAAUGAUGGGGAGGGGAGCACACCCAUGCCCACGCCAGCGGAUGAAGAAGUGGCUACCAAGAUACUUGAUGUCGGGCUGGCCUGAAGUCCAGUGUUGGGCGAUGACGUGCAGGGGGCAGAACUCACGUUGGCCUGACCCAUGGGGCUGGGAGUGCUGCAGAGACAGCAGUGCUGAGCCUGAUCCAGACUGGGGGGAACAGGGAAUGGAGAACAAGGGAUGUUUAUUGUUCUCUGGCACUCACCUGGUGUUGAAUUCAUGGCAAGGCACUGAGGGACUCUGGAUUGAGCUGUGUUCAGUCACUGCACUACGAGGGAUGGCAGUGUGGGGAAGUGGGGGGAUCUUCUGUGCUCUGAGAGGGGUUAGUGGAGCCAGGCCAUCCAUAGAUCCUCUGGGGGUCAGUGAGGGACAGUGGGAUCCAAAUCUCUGCAUAGGUCCCACAACACUCUAGACAAGCUGUGUGCUCCACUCUUCCUGCCUAGGGCACAGCAAUACAGUAGUCAGGGAGAGCAGAGGGCAGGCAGAGUGUGCACCCAUGCCUGCCAGCCACAACUAUGAGCUCUAAUUUCAGCCCUCCCGGCCCCAGCCUGGCCUCUUUAAGGCUGUGGUUGGUGGUGGACUCAUCUUAUUCUUAGAGCAGUUGCACUAACUGGUGGCACUGGCCUAAUUCUGUUGCAUGGAGUUGGAUGGCCUCACUGCAGUUCCUAUCAAGACACAUGUCCAUGUCCCCAAAACAACCCCUGCGUGUAGGUACCCCCACAGCAUAAUGGGCACUGGUCAGCCUCCCCAUUGGCUGUCCCUGCAGAGCAGCCAACAACCGAAUGGCCCUUGGCGCCUGAGCUCCCCCUCACUUCUAGCAGGGAUGCCACUGGGUUGAAAUCCAAGCCCAUGGGCAAGGUGAUGUGUUUGGCAGCUUGCACUGCCCCAGCCACAUUAUAACUACACAUGGGGCUGGGUGGAGGACAUCAGCCUCCCAGGCUGGCAGUCUGUCUCUUAUCACCACUGCUAACUAGGAAAUCUUUUCGUGCAUGUCCAAUCUCAUGGUCCUUUAAAUGUCUGAAGAUGAAACCCAGACACCUACGCUCACUCUACUGCGUGAUGUCAGGUCUGAGCGAUUUAAGUAGACAUUACCAUGGCGAGAAGCCUACCAGCAGUAGAGUUAUUUGAUUAAUCUUCGGGCAGAUCGCAUGGUGUGAAUGGGAAAUCUCCCUAGGUGCCAGCUCAGAACACUCUGCUCCCAGGAGGUAGAGGCAUUUCACACCUCAGUGCAGUCAUCCACAUGCUGAACGUGGGUGCCAAAUGCUACCAACGCAGCAUUCUCCUCUCACACCCACCAGAGGUGGCAUUCUACACCCACAGUGCACAGGUGCAAGUGACAGCACAAAGAGCAUACGUAGCCCACAGGUGAGUGUGGGUUCCAGGUUCCCCUUGGUGGGUUCCAGGUUCCUCCCCAGUCAUAGAGUUUAAGGCCAGAAGGGGUCCUCAAGUCAUCUAGUCUGCCAGCCUGUAUAUCACAGGCCAGCAACACUCUAUGAAUUGUUUCAGAGUGGUAGCCAUGUUAACUGCAAAUUGUGACAGCCUCCAAUUACAGAAACUUGGCUUUAAGCUCCAGCUCCUGCAGGUCCAUGGUUCAGAUUCUCAGGUGGUGGCUAUCACACAAAGCAGUGGGAACGCCAGCCCUAGGUGUGGCAUGUCCAGCUGGUGACGCACUUCAUAGGUGGGAGGCCUGGCUGUAAGAUAGCCCCAGCCUGGUGUUUCUGGUUUAUCCUGGAAGUUCUUGUACAACCAAAGAACAGCUGCUGUUGGGAGAAAGAAAAAUUCCUGGUGUAUCUAACCUGCCAGGGCCACUUCGCCUGCUGUCAGCGUGUGAGUGACCCAGCUUUUAGCAAAGCACUCGCGACCCUGGGCAGGUGUGACCAGAAGGUCAGCUGCUAUUCCAGUCAGGGCCAGCUCUAGGAUUUUUGCGCCCCAAGCAAAAAAUGUUUUGGCCUCCCCUGCUUUUUUUUCAUGCCCCCCCACUCCCAGCUCCGCCCCAACUCCGCCUCCUUCCCCAAAUCCCCGGCCCCACCUUCUCCCCCGGAUGUACCGCAUUCCCCCCCCAUUGCUUCCUGCAGCUCCCCCCCCGCAACCCCCCACUCUAGCUCACCUCUGCUUCACCUGCUCCCCUGAACACGCCGCUGCUCUGCUUCUCCCCCCUCCCUCUCAGGCGAGGGAGAGGCAGCGCGUUCAGGGGAGCAGGCGGAGCGGACGUGAGUGAGGGUGGGGGGGAGUGCAGGAAGUAACGGGUGGGGGGGGUAGAAGAACCGCUCCCCACCCCAGCUCGCCUCCGCUCCACCGACGCUGCCUCCCCCGAACACGUCGCCGCUCGGCUUCUCCUCCAUCCCUCCCUCCUAGGCUUGCCACGCCAAACAGCUGUUUGGUGCGCGGCAAGCCUGGGAGGGAGGGGGGAGAAGCUGAGCGGUGGUGGCGCGCUCAGGGGAGCAGGCGGAGGCAGAGCGGGGGCACAUUUCUAGGGGCCGCAUGGCUGGCGCUGGAAUGCCGCCCCUAGAAAUGUGCCGCCUGAAGCACCUGCUUGUUUUGCUGGUGCCUAGAGCCGGCCUCGAUUCCAAUGCAGCAUUAAUUCCCUCUUGCAGCACAUGUAGACACCCCUGGGAGUGGGGUGCAUAAUGCCCUAUCAGGCCUGAUCCUGGCAGCCCUCGAGUGUUUUCACUGGGAGUUCUGCCUUGUUUUCAUAAGGUCCAAUCCAGCUUCCAUUGCAUUCAAUGGCAAAACUAUUCUUAUAAAGGAUGCAGGAUCAGUGCCUUUGUUUCUUUCAUAAAGCACAUGGCACAGGUGGCAUUGGGUCAUCUCCCCUAUUUGUUGCUUUAAUCACCUUACCAAUCUACCAGCAAAAGGUAAGACACUCCAGAUCUGAGGUACAUGACCAGCUUGUGGUUACAAUUGCAUUUGUUGUGUCUGUAUCAUGAAGCUGUGCCAGCCACUCUUGCACCUCCCAGCCAGCAGCAAACACCCUCUGGGCAACAGUCCUACAUGUGACUCGGGGUAAGACUUAAACCAGGAGCCUUGUGGCCCAGCACUGCUGAGUCCCUCCAUCUCGCUGGGCUAACAGGAGCUAUCUGGUCACAGAUAGAAUUUCCUCAUUCCCUAUUUUAUAGCAAGUGCCCCAUAAAAUACUCUUUUCAGAGUAGCAGCCGUGUUAGUCUGUAUUCGCAAAAAGAAAAGGAGUACUUGUGGCACCUUAGAGACUAACAAAUUUAUAAAUAAAUAAAUUUGUUAGUCUCUAAGGUGCCACAAGUACUCCUUUUCUUUUUAUAAAAUACUCUGUUCUUGCCCAGAAGAAGCAGAGCACAGAAAGUCUGCUCCCUUUCUGAAUAAUGGAAUUUCCUGGGGUAAAAUCCCAGUGAUCCAAGUCACAGGCUGGAAUUCUGCGUGAUGCAAACAACCGUUCUCCCCUCACUCUCAAUACAUGUUUAAAUUUUGUGUCCAUUUCAAAGGAUCAACUUCUGCACCGAACGAAGGAAUCCAACCUGGGGCAGCUUAAUGGAAUAGGGGAUUCCAGGUUGAGUUUACAUCCUGGUGUUUUUGGGACACUGGCUGAGCAUCAAAAUGUAGGGUCUGCCAGAAACAGAAAGAAUCUAAUGCUAAUAAAAUGAUAAUAUCCACAGUAUGUCAUCAAAGAGUCCAAUGCAAAUGAUCCUAGAUUCAGGUUUAAAAGUGCCCCAGCAGUGCUGGCAGCCCAGGGGUCCAGCACUGUGCUAGUGCAUCAUGAGAACUAAUAACAAACUGAUUAGAGAAACUAACGCCAUUGGCGAGUGUCAACUCACUGAGAAAAGCAGGAAAUAAAGAUCCCAAAGGCAUUGCCACAGAGACAGGUACCAUGCAGAAGUGUGAACUACCUGGGGUGGUGUUAUAAACAGGGGUCAGGAUAGUCUUCGUGGGUCGUGCCAUGCAGAGCCCAGUUCUUAGUUCCUUUAAUGCCACUGCCACCAGAGGGGCCAGCUUGCAGGGAGCGUUGCCCCCAGAGAAUCUGGCGCGUGAGGUUUAGCCUGGAAGCAUCCAGAGCCUGUUUGUACCCAUGGGGCCCUGGGAGUGUUACCCAGGGUUUUGCUGAACCCAAAGCUCUUGGUAACGUUACUUCCUGUAAGGCGGUGGCAGGAAAUAAAUCAAUGGAGACACGGCCAAAUGGCUGAUAGAUAGUUGAUGCAAGCAGGCAAACAAAAAUGCUUUCACUCAAAGCUUCUACUUUAUUUCAUCUCCAGCACUUCUACAUGCCUGCAACAUGUUAGCAGAGCACCCCAAAUUACCCCCAGAUUCAUAUUUACCCAGGGUCUUGAGGAGGUCUCAAGUGGAUUAGUCAGCCAGUGAUCAGCCUUCUGUCUGCAGGGGAAACUUGAGAGGUGGACUCAAGUGUCCACCGAGCCCAGAUUUCUUCCUCUUUUUAUACCCAAAUUGUUAGUAUGAAACAGCCCAUUCACCAAAACCUGCUCAGCGGACACUAAGUGUGGGAUUUUCCUGCCUUGCUUGCCCAUCAGUUAACUGGCUGUAUUUCACAGCGCAAAAGUUAACUAUCCCCAGACUUUCCAUCUUGCAAACCACAUGCUUUGGCGAAAAGCUCAAGUCAGGUGGGCACAGGGUCACGUUUACUCCUCAUGGUCACUCCCUUCCCCUCCCCUCCUGGUUCAUUAGCUGCACUAAGGCUGCUAUGAAGGCCUUACGGCUGCUUCCAGGUGUAAGCAUAACAAUUUGGAUUCCAGCUGUGGGCAGUGGUUCAGGCAUGUUACUGGGUUAACAAAAUUUCCUCCGUACAGGAAGAAACGCUUCCCCACUGCAGCGAUCCUGCCACCCUCCCUGCUCUUCCCCACCCCCUCUUGCAUGUCUCCCUCCUCCCAAAGUGGGUACAGAGACGCCUGCUGGCUGGUUCAGCGCUGAGAUUCACACCCCUUCUGUCUUGCCCUGGCUCCUGCGGCCUUAGCAUGGCCUGUUCCCAGCCAGCAGCCAGGGGAGGCCAGGCCAGGCUCCCAGGUGGGCUGAGAACAGAGGAACUCCCAGCUGUAGGUAGACCUGACACGGCAGGACUGGCUUUGCCCAGUAGUCCUGAGCUCUGCACAAACUGUCUCUCGUCUCUGCCACAGCAUCCCCUAACGCCCUAAGCAAAUCCUGGGAUCCAGCCACUCCUGAGCAGCUCAGGGGAGGCCAGUGGCCUAAGGUGUCACUUAGGUGAGGUUCCUUGCAAAGCAAAUCCAGCUGUCCUGCUGCAGUUUCCUGUAAACUGGAUGGGUGUGAACAAUAGCCCCAAGUGUAUGUCAUGACAGCAUGAGCACGUCUCAUUCCCUUGCACUCGUUCCCUUGCAUUAAGACCGAAUCUGACCUGCAUGACCCCGCUAGCCACCAGGGCUGCAGAGCCAGCUUGGCCUUUGCUCAUUGAGUUUGGCAAACUCCAAGUGGCAGACCUCCUUGGUGCGACAGCUCCCUAAGCACCAUUGUAAGUGCUGUUAUUUCUACACCUGCCCUCUGCUUAGCUACCACCCCUAAUCGUUCCAGACGGAAUGGGCGUGGGAAAGCUAGAAUAGCCCUGGGAAGCAUGAAUGAGGGGCAAAUGAGUAACACACAUCAGCUCCCAUAUUAUUAAACAUGGCAGAGGGGUACUAGGGCUGUUGGCAGGAUUUCUGUGUCUGGCUAGUCUGGUCCAGCCAAAGUCCCAGGUUGUUAGCAUAGUCCUCCACCAACUGGAGCAGUUCUGAGCUAAAUGCUGCUGGAGUCUCUUCCUCUCUCCAGGUUCUGCUUGUACUGAUCCUGUGAGCUCCUGAGCAUGCUCGGUUCUCUGGGACGUCAAGGGGACCUGAGGGAUUGCAGCACGAGAUGGAUUGGGUCCGAAAGGCAAAAUUCUACUCUUGGCUCCACAAGGCAGACCUUGGCUCUCAACCUCUGCCCUCUGGCUAGGCUUGGAGUUUGGCGCCUGUAAGGGAAGCAGAAUAGCAGCUAGCCCUGGGGGAGCCAAGCCGACUAUCAGAGUGGAGUUUCUGGCAGAUCUGUUUCUGAAGGAUAGGCAAACGAUCAGAGCUGAGGGGCGUGGGCCCCUCUUUGGAGCUGAGAGGACACGAGGCCCUCUGUGGCAUGCCUCCAUCAGAAUGAUCCUGCCCUGAGUCUGCUAGCAGACUGGUGAGGAUACAACUCAACAGCAUGUAAAAUGUAAACCCCCAUGCACAUCCAGCACCUUCCAUUGUGUAUGAAAGCACUGCAGCCCCCCCCCCCGCAGAUGCCACUGGUGGCCCCCCCCCCCCGCCAACUGACUGAAAUGGGGUGAUUCCCAACUUAUGUUUUGAACUAAAUUGUAUCAUUUCUUUCAGGGGUGGUUUUUGGCCUUCAAAAUUCCUUGCAUUCUAAAAUCAAAAUGAAAUGUCCUCCCAGGGACCUGCAUGGUGCCUCUGAGCUAGGAGGUGGUGUCCGUGUCUUUGCUAUGCUACACUGUGAAUCUGGGGUUUUAAAACAUUAAAGCAAAAAGGAAGAGCAUAGUUAUAAAAAGAUAAGCAAAAGUCGCCUGAGCCAGAAAAACAGCCGUAUCAAUUAUUACGCAGGGCUGCUUAGUUAAUUAUAGUGCUCUUUCUGUAUAUACAAGAUUAUAACUGUAUUAAAUAUUCAGACAUGCACUGUAGCUGUGUAUGCCAAUUAUCUUGUCUGUGAAUAAACAGUUCCACACUGCCGCCUGGUGCUGGUG